AUGAUGAAGACUGCGGUAAAAAGUGCCGUCGACGGAAAGGAAAAAACUAAUGGAAAGGUUUCUAAAUUGCGCAAAAAAGUAUUACAUACGAUAUUACAAUUGAUGGAUGUCGUCGACGAUUCGUUUUUAAUCGAAAAGUUGAAUUUGUUAGAUUCGAACAGUUGGUCGGAUUUAAUUGAAGAACGAUAUAUAUUAAAUUUGUGUGGUUAUCCGACUUGUUCAAAUUUUGUGGAAACUCAGCAACGCCAACUAUAUCAUAUUGAUCGUGUUCAUAGAAAGAUAUAUGAACGAAUUUCGGAAAUUUCUAUGUUUUGUUCUAACGACUGUUUCAAAAAAGCAGUAUCCAUAAAAUCGCAACUUCCAAUUGAUCCUUUAUGGAUCCGUGGAGAAGAAACAAGUAACUUUUAUUUUAUUUACCUUGUUGUGAUUUAUUGCAAAAAUUUUGUUUUAAAUGGGCAAAUGUUGAUGACAACGAUAGAGGAUAAAUCUGAUAUGAUUGAAUAUGUAGAAGAACGAAUUGAAAAAUCUUUACGUAAUUUACAUAUAGGCGAUAUCGAGGCUUCGGAUGAUGAAGAUGAUGCUAAUGAAUGUGAUGUCUCUGGAAAUGAUUGUGAUGAUCGUUUUUUUUCUCCUCAUUUACCUGUUUGCACCUCAGGUAUUUCAUGUAAUAUGGAGGUGCUUCAUGCGAGAACACCAUCAGUUUUUGAGUCACAAGUGAAUAAUCAGGAACGUUCUAUGGUUGAUGGAGGAGCGGAGAUUGAAGACCAUAAAUCUUGCGAAAAAGAAAAACUUGCGAGAAUUCGUUCUUUAUAUUGCAAUUUUAAAAUAAAGCGUCCACCCAUUAUAAUUGAUGCCAAACCACUUGACAUUCACCAGAUAGCACAAUUAUCUACUGAACUAGCGGAAGCCGAAGAUGGUGAAAAAGGCCAAGUAUAUAUGAAAAGUAAUUCCAUCAAAUUUGCGGGAAUCGCUAGAGAAUGGUGUGGUCCACGAACAUUAGAAUUUUUGCGUAUUGGUGGAGAAAUCGAACCAGUGAAGCGGAAUGAUGAACUUAGUGAUGUUGAAAAAGCAUUAAUGCGGUUUUAUGGUGGCGAUCAACUUAAUUUGAUUGAAGAGGAAUUAGAAGUAUUUUUGCCGUCUGUAGAUAAAUACAAUCAUACAAUUAAGAGGCAGGAAGUUCUUUUGGCGUUGCUGAAAUCAAGCUUUCGACUGUUAGAAAAUGCAAUAGGAUGUGAAGGAAUCAGCCAGUUAACUCGCCCCUUGAUCUCGACUCUAAACUUAACCGCAAAAAAUGUAUCUGUUGAAAAGAAUGAAGCUAAAUUUGCUGUGGCUUUCUUAUUCCGCCUCUCCGCUGAAUGUAAUGGUGGUUUGCUGUGUCAAUAUUUUCCUGAUAGCAAGAAUUUUUGUCCUCAAUUCAUAACAUUCCUCCAGUCAUUUAAUUGCGAUGUGUCUUUUUUUCUGGAAAUUGUGAAUGAAAUCUUACAUAAAGUUAAUGAUGAUUUUGGUGGUCUUUGGUGGUUGGGUGCUAAUAUAGUUAGGAAUCUUUGUAAAGAAAUAUGGUUUAAUUUGAUAGAUGGUUCACGUGGACCUCGUUCUUGCAUAUUUGAUCCUUGCAUUUGUGGUAAUUGCAUUUCCAUAUAUAUUUAUAUGGGUUUACAUUGUGGUACAGUAAGGUAUUUGAGCGAAGAAGGAUACAAUCAUGUACGAUUUUAUCCGCUCGAAGGAUCCGUAAAAUGUAUCUUACAAAUGAGUGGUCAAAGGUUGAUGGUUUCUUAA